AUGGCUCCUCAAGCAGCGAUCAAGCGCACCGGCAAGGGCAAGAACCAGAAGGUCACCAAGAAGUUCAUCAUCAACGCUUCCCAGCCCGCCUCGGACAAGAUCUUCGACGUCGCUGCCUUCGAGAAGUUCCUCCAGGACAAGAUCAAGGUUGAGGGUCGCGUCGGCAACCUCGGCGACCAGGUCCAGAUCUCCCAGCAGGGUGAGGGCAAGAUUGAGAUCAUCGCCCACAACGAGCUCUCCGGCCGCUACCUCAAGUACCUGUACGUUGCCAUCUACGCAGUGACCAAGAAGUUCCUCAAGAAGCAGCAGCUCCGUGACUGGCUCCGUGUCGUUUCCACCUCCAAGGGUGUCUACGAGCUCAAGUUCUUCAACGUCGUCAACGACGAGGCUGAGGAUGAUGACGAGUAA